AUGAACUCGACCAAAGCAGGCCCGGGCCUGUGUGGACUGCCACUCGAAGUAUUGCAAAACAUCGCGGGUUACCUUGCUGACUCAUAUCGACCAAGUGUCUACACAUUCAGUCUAACAAGCAAAGCUUGUCAUCAAGCAAGUACUUUAUUCAUCCUUCAUCAAAUCAAUCUCAAAAUUUGCACUCGCGAAGCAUUACAGCACGAUAUUAAGAGUCUCAUCAAGACUCUCUCUCAUACUAACUCCGCCCGCCACGUCCACUCCAUCAGCCUUCAAGGGUUUCUGGAUGCCAAGACACAAAAAGACGAUCUUGGUAUGACGAACACCGACAAUCUAGGCUGGUGGACUGACCUUCGCGGUAACGAAAUUGUACCCCGCCAAGAGACAAUCUAUUCUGGUGGCUAUUUCGCCUAUGAUGAGCCUCUCAUUGAGGAGGAUUCCGACGAGGAUACAGCAUGGGCCCCAGUUGUCAACUUUAUCAGAACACUCCCAUCUUUAGAAAAGCUGGUCUAUAAUUGCCUGGAUCAAUUCCCGCCUAGCCUUUUAUAUGCGCUACAUAAAUACCACCCCAAGUGCAAGCUGUACCACAUGACGCUCCGACUACGGACUCUAACAUGGGACACUCCGCAUCCUUACGAAAUGGCUCUAGCUACAUCUCCAUGCCUAUAUAGUACCACAGUUAUAUGUGUUCGUCGAGAUUCAGAAGGCGAUGAUGAUUUCAACCAAGAGGCGACGAUGGAGCUCGUUGCUGGUCUUGCACCGAACCUCAAGGAAGUCACCAUGAUAAAUUGCUUCCCGUACCGCGGGCGCAGGUUCGCCCACGACCGAGCCCAGUGGAAAGGUCUUCCGGGCUAUGUCUCCGGGAUGGCUGGGUCUUUGACCUCUCUAUCCCUUUUACGGUCAACGGAAUAUUUUUGGGAGCCAGAAUACAUCCAGACUUGGGCCAAGUUCACAGACUUUGGCUCUCUGCAUCGCCUGACCAUCGGGGGACCGAGCGAUAGGGGUAUUGAUGGUGAGAUGAUGCGCUUGAUUACGCAAAAUCACUCCUUCCCUCGAUUAAAGACCCUUUGCGUCUGUCUGGAACGUAAUGAUCCGGAUGGCGUGAGACCCGAGUACGGCGAUGAUGCUGCUGCCUUUUUUUCAGCGUUUGAGCCCCUCAGGCAGCUAUCGGUAUCUGGCCCACUUGAGCCCAAAAUUCUGGACGCCAUCCUGCAUCGACACGGACGGACAUUGAAAGAGCUCAUGCUGUAUCCGCGAGAGCGCGAAUUCCGCGGAGAUCGAAAUAGGGAAGAAAUCCCUAUGGUACUCACCAAGGAACACAUCCUGCAAAUCCAAACCGAGUGCCCAGCCUUGGAAGACCUAGCCAUCCCGGUCAAGCGUCUAAAGUCCAGCGCGGCCGAGGUUGAUAUUUACAGAAGCCUCGCCAAAAUGGAGCGUCUACGGUCGCUCCUCCUUACCUUGGAUUGUUCCGAGUGGCGGGUCAAGCGAGAUAGCGCUUAUAACCCCCCCUUUGACGAUGAGGACAGCAGGACCGGGCAGUUUGGCUACAAGCGGGGCAUCCUGCGGGACCUCCUGAUGAACUGUGCGGUGGACGAGACACUGGCCCGAUCGAUCUGGGAGACUACCCGCGGGAAACGGUUGGAGUCUCUGAAGCUGUGGACGACAGGUGCUGGCCAGUUCGGAACUGGGCAGAUCCACAUUGCCGAGGAUCUCUACACCCACAUGAGCCGCUCGUGGCUGAUCGAACGCGUUCCUCGAGACGACAAGGAAAUUAUACACAUCAAGGAGCUGGGCCGAGCCGAGAGGGAGGCCAAAGAUGCACACAGGAGAACAGUAGGGUCCAAGGGCCCGAGGCCGAAGGAGAUGGAAGUAUUUCGUCGGAUUUGGCCAAGCAAAGAGGGUAGCGAGAGCUGGUAUGACGAUUGGUCAAGCAUUCCUCUAGAGGUCUGA